ACCAUGACAACGUCUGCUUUGUUUACAUGCUGUGUUUGUUUACAUCUGAAAUGGGAACCUUCUAGUAUGCUUGUCGGUACUCAAAAGCGCAAGUAUUUAAUUUCUGAUCAAUCAAGGACAAAGAUUGGACAUGGGCUCCCCCGUAGUAGAUCAAACUGAUGACUUAGAAUUAUUGUCCCUCAUUGGUUUUGAUGGAAGAACCAUUCAUGGUUUGAAAGUGCAUCCCAAUGGUGAGCACAUACUAUAUCCACUUGGCUGCAAAGUAGCUGUUGUGCAUUGGGAUUCUCGAAAACAAGAUUUCCUCGAAGGGCACACAAAUGUUAUCACUGCACUGUCAGUUUCUCUUGAUGGGAAAUAUGUUGCAUCAGGUCAAAUCAACCAUAUGGGUUUCAAGGCGUUUGUUAUACUCUGGGACUUUGAAAAGCGAACUGCCCUGAUGAAGCAUGAUAUUCAUAAAGUCAGAGUCGAGGCUCUUGAUUUCUCAUUUGAUUCUACUUAUUUAUUUUCCUUGGGAGGACGAGAUGAUGGUAAUGUCGUUGUAACGCACAUACCUUCACUUGAACCUAUGUGUGGCUAUCCUGCAACAAAAGCUACAGCAGGUGAUGCAUUGACACUUAAACAUUCUAACCGAAGGUCAUCAGUUUUUAUGACGGGUGGUGAGGGUAGUUUACGUGUUUGGCAAGUCAAUCCUGAGAAGAGGUUCGUAAGAGCUGUUGAUGUUCAGCUGAGUAAGGUCAAAAGAAAUAUCUAUUGUGUGAGCAUUGAUCCUCAAGAUGAAUUUGCAUAUUGUGGAACUUUGACUGGUGAUAUACUUAAAGUAGCAUUAUAUUUAACCGAGGACACAACUAUCACAGAACCUGUCAGAACUCCAAACAUGAUUGUAUGUUUGGGUAAAGUCUCAAGAUCAAAGAAAAGGAACAUGGAGGCUGAACGAUAUAGCCUAGGAGUGCGAGACAUAAUGAUCCUUGACAUGCAGAAUGGAGACCGAAUUCUUGUUAUUGGUGCUGGAGAUGGCACUGUGGAAGUGGUUAGAGAAAAUGAAAAUCGCUUCAAGGAUCAUAAUCGCUUAAAGUCUCCCUCCUACCCCCUUCUUAAUGUUCUGAAAAGCACAUCUGUCAACUCAGCUGUCACUUCCUUGCAAAAGUUUCAACAGCAUGGCAUUAUGGUUGGAAACGAUUUGUGUGAAAUAUACUUAAUAGACAUAUGCACUUUCAAUGUUCGAUUAAUUGUCACUUGUCACACAACUUGCAUUUAUGACAUUGCCUUUCCGAAGGACUAUUCUGAGGUAUUUGCAACAGCAAGCAAAGAUGAUAUAAGAGUCUGGCAUACAGAAACAUGCAAGGAGUUACUGAGAAUAAGCGUCCCCAACUUCACCUGUUCAACUGUGAAAUUUGCUGCUGAUGGAAAAUCAAUCAUCAGUGGAUGGAACGAUGGAUGCAUAAGGUCAUUCACUCCCCAGUCAGGGAAGAUUAUGUAUACAAUCCCAAAUGCUCAUAAUAAGGGAGUUACUGCAUUAGAUCUGACUAGUGAUGGGUCAACCAUAGUCUCUGGUGGUGGAGAGGGCCAGGUUCGUGUGUGGAAAAUUAACUCUGCUGUACACAAACUAGCUGCCAUCCUGAAAGACCAUAAGGGACCAGUGUCAGAUAUUCACAUCAGUUCAAAUAAUCAGCAAGCUGUGAGUGCGAGUACUGAUGGCUCCUGUAUAAUAUGGGAUAUUGUGCGAUUGGUCCGGCUUCAAAUUCUAUUCGCUAACUCCCUCUUCAUGGCUUGUCGAUUUAAUCCUGAAGGGUGUCAAGUGUUAACAGCAGGUACUGAUCGAAAGAUUCAAUACUGGGAAUGUUAUGACGGUUCCCUCAUACGAGAUCUUGAGGGUUCAACCGCUGCGGCUCUAAAUUCGCUAGAUAUCAGCUUGGAUGGUAGUUUUUUUGUUACUGGCAGCAAUGAUUUCUUAGUCAAGGUUUGGAACUAUAAUGAAGGCUAUACCACACAUAUUGGUGUUGGACAUGCAGGAAUAAUCACAGCAGUUCGUUUGAGUCCAGACAGCAAAUACCUCAUAAGUGUCAGUGAUGAUGGUGCUAUAUUUACUUGGAAAUGCCCUUUCCAAUCAAGCAAAGUAGAAGCCAGACCAGAUCCUGGGAUUGUCUGUGCUGUUGGUGCCGAAAAACUAGAAGUUGCCCAGCCUGUUAGCAGUGCUGCAAAGGAUAAAAUCAGAAUAAGGAAGACUUCAUCUGGUGGUCUGGGGUUUGGCUCAGGAGAUUGUGCAAAAGAAGAAAACAUUGUCUCUUUAUCAAGAGCGCAUUCUGCAUGUAGCCAUCACAGCACUGUAGAUGUGAGGGACAGGCCUCCUGAAAUUGAGAGUGAACAUGGCGAAGAGAUUAGACCUAACAGUUUCAGGUCCAAUGAAGCCCAAUCGAGAGGAAGCAGUGGAGUAAGAAAGAUUAUGGAGAAUAAGCCAUCUGGUACAGUGUGCCAGAUAAAUCAGCCUUCAGUCCUACCAAAUAGCAGGCUCAUUCAGUCAGGCGCUAAGACUUCAUCAGACCCUUGCCUUCCAAAGAGCUCUAUAACAAGGGUUCCCACAGCUGUCAAAUCAGAAACAUGCAAAGGCAAAAUUGUGAGGAAACCAAUACACCGCCAUUGACGAGCAAUCUUAGUUUCCUUUUCCAACUGUAACUUUGAAUUUGUCCUUAAAUUUUUGUGUGAUCUCAGUUCUUGAUUAUUUCAACAAGUUAAUAAAACUACUGGCCCUUUCA